GUGAUCCUCCUGCCUCAGCCCCUUGAGCCACUGAGAUUACAGAUGUGUGCCACUCUGCCCCGCUGAUUCUAAUGUCUUGAUCUGAGCAGUUGGAAGAAUGAAGUAACCAAAAUGGCUCCAGUGGUCAAAUGAAGCUGGAAAAAUAUAUAGAUGCAGCACUGCGGCCUUUCCAGAUGUUUGAGUGUGAUACUCCAGUGAGAAAUUGAUCCCUUGGAUUAGGUAACUAGUCAUAAUGAAGAAAAUUAGUCUUAAAACCUUCCGGAAGUCUUUUAAUUUGAAUAAAAGUAAAGAAGACACUGAUUUCAUGGUAGUACAACAGCCAUCCCUAGCCAGUGACUUUGGAAAAGAUGAUUCCUUGUUUGGUAGCUGCUACGGUAAAGAUAUGGCCAGCUGUGAUAUCAAUAGCGAAGAUGAGAAAGGUGGGAAAAGCAGAUCCAAGAGCGAGAGCCUGAUGGGGACCCUGAAAAGGCGACUUUCUGUGAAGCAGAAGCCCAAGGGCAAGGGCAGCACGCCCCCGGGGGGCUUGGCUGAGGAGGACACCUUCUCCUCCUCCUCGGCUCCUGUGGUCUUCAAGGACGUCAGAGCUCAGAGGCCCAUCAGGUCCACUUCCCUCCGCAGUCACCACUACAGCCCCACGCCCUGGCCCCUCCGACCCACGAACUCUGAGGAGACCUGUAUCAAAAUGGAGGUGAGGGUCAAAGCUUUGGUCCACUCUUCCAGUCCAAGUCCUGCGCUGAACGGGGUUCGAAAGGAUUUCCAUGACCUUCAGGCUGAAACUGUGUGCCAGGAGCAGAAUGGCUCCCUCAAGCGUUCAGAUUCUCCCCACGGAGACUUGCAUCUCCACCUGGAGGAACACGUGCCUGUAGUUAUUGGACUUGUGCCUCAGGACUACAUUCAGUACACCGUGCCUUUAGACGAGGGGAUGUGUCCUUUGGAAGGAUCGCGCAGCUAUUGUCUGGACACUUCUUCGCCCAUGGAGGUCUCUGCAGUUCCUCCUCAAGUGGGAGGAAGCUCUUUUGCCGAAGAUGAGAAUCAGGUAGACCAGGACCUAGUUGUUGCCCCAGAGAUCUUUGUGGACCAGUCAGUGAAUGGCUUGUUGAUUGGCACCACAGGAGUCAUGUUGCAGAGCCCCAGAGCAAGUCAUGAUGAGGUCCCUCCGCUCUCGCCAUUGCUACCUCCAAUGCAGACUAAUCAGAUCCAAAGGAACUUCAGUGGGCUCACGGGCACAGAUGCCCAUGUGGCUGAAAGUAUGCGCUGUCAUUUGAAUUUUGAUCCUAACUCUGCCCCUGGGGUGGCAAGGGUUUAUGACUCUGUGCAAAGUAGUGGUCCCAUGGUUGUGACAAGCCUUACAGAGGAGCUGAAGAAACUUGCAAAACAAGGAUGGUACUGGGGACCAAUCACACGCUGGGAGGCAGAAGGGAAGCUAGCCAACGUGCCCGAUGGUUCUUUUCUUGUUCGGGAUAGUUCUGACGACCGUUACCUUCUAAGCUUGAGCUUUCGUUCCCAUGGUAAAACACUUCACACUAGAAUCGAGCACUCGAAUGGUAGGUUUAGCUUUUAUGAACAACCAGAUGUGGAAGGACAUACGUCCAUAGUUGAUCUAAUUGAGCAUUCAAUCAGGGACUCUGAAAAUGGAGCUUUUUGUUAUUCAAGGUCUCGGUUGCCUGGAUCUGCAACCUACCCCGUCAGACUGACCAAUCCAGUGUCACGGUUCAUGCAGGUGCGUUCUCUGCAGUACCUCUGUCGUUUCGUUAUACGUCAGUAUACCAGGAUAGACCUGAUUCAGAAACUGCCUUUGCCAAACAAAAUGAAGGAUUAUUUACAGGAGAAGCACUACUGAAAGAUUGAGAACCCUGCAUCUUGCACUUUGGGAAUAAGAAAAAGAGAUUGAGAUACAGUUUACAACUUUCAUUGCCAUCAGAAUCUUUUGCUGCCAUAACUAUUUUAAUUUUAUGUGUAAGAGUCAACAGUUUGUUGAGGGGUGGGGAAGUGUCUGCAAGGUGUCUUGGGUUUAUUUUGGUUCUUUAAAAAGGGAUGUCUUGAGGUUCUAGAAGUGUGAAUUAUCUUUCAUUAGUGUGCAGAAUAAUCACAAUGUGAAUUAUCAGAUUCUCCUUGAUGCCCCCCCCCGUCCUUUGCUGCUAUCCACUGUGAUUUUUAUGCAUUAAAAGCACAUUUCAUGUGUCUUCAACCCUAAGUAAAGUUGAAUGAAACUUACAGAAUGAAAAUUACUUUGUCUUUUUAAAUGACCCAUUUUCAAAAGUUAGUGUUGAAUGAACGUGUGAUAAAACUAUUUACAUAUACACUGAAAAUGACUUUUUAAUGUCAUACUUCAAAAAGAUUUAUUUAGAAUUAUUAAUUGACAUCAUCUUAGUUAAUGGGAUGCAAAUUUGCCACAUAUCUUUACAACUUCUAAAUUAUUUUUAAGGUUGUGCUAAUAUUUUGGUUGUGAAAACUUUGUGUUUUUCUGUUGCCUUCAUUUUCAUCUUGUGGUUUGUCCAUUUUAAUAAAUGGCCUUACAUUUAAGAGUCAUAAAGAGAUAUAUACCACAAAUUUAGCAAUCGUGGCCUUUUCUGUCAUUAAACCCGGGUACAAAUUGGCAUAGUGUAAAGACCUAUAGACUGGAACAGUGACUACAGAAGUGAGAUCAGUUCCCGUGAGAACGUUGUUUUCAUGUUGCCUGCACUGUUCCUUUGGUUAAAUGUUUAAUCUGUGAUUUCUUUAGUUUAGUCAACACAUUCUUGGGUGAACUUGAUUGUACAACUAAUUUUCAUAAAUGGACUGGAUUCUCUUAACAAUGUUAAAGUUUAUAAAAAAAGUUUGAAAUUGAUUUGAAUAGAAAGAAAAGAUUGCUUUAAAGUUGGAUUUAUAUUUUUCUUUUAUGUAGUCACAAUAAAAUGUGCUAGAUUUGACUUCUCUUUUCCUCUGCCUCCAAUAAAAUCAACCCUUAGUGUCUUGAGUUGAAAAACUUUGGAAAUUGUGGAGCAUCACAUGAGAAAAAGAUGAAAACAGUAUUAUAGAUACACAGAAGCCUGCCUCCUGCAGGAUCCACUGCAGUUUCGGAACAGGCUUUUCAUUUAUUUGUUAUUUUCAUUGAACCAAGUUUAGAGUAAUUUUUUCUCUUUUUGAGUAAGUCAAUGGGAAGGGAUAUUAUGCCUGAGAAUUUUUAGUUAUUUUGGAAUGUGGAGUGUUUGUUCACUUUGUAAUUCUGCAACAUAGUCUAAUUUUCAGAUUGUUCCAUUCAGAAACCAUUCCCAGCUAAACAAGCCUUAAAGCAAAAUGCUGGACAUUUCUUCCUGUGUCACUUUAAGUUUUCCCAUGUCUUCCCUUCUUUAAAACACAAGGGUAAAGGUCUUUGGUCUAUGGCUGGCAUUGUCAUCUAACAUCUCUGUGUCCUCACUUUUUAAUUAGUUUUUGUUUUUUUGUGGGGGGUGGGGGUGGAGGUGCUGGGGUUCAUGCUAGGCACAUGUUUUAUCACUGAGCUACAUCCCCAGCCUCUCUGUUUUUUUUUUUUUUUUAAGAGACAGAACUGAGAUAUUACCAAGGAAAGGCACAAUGCCAUAUCACAGUGUUUGAUAUUUUGACUUAAAUGGGGAAAGGUACUUCAUUUUGGUGGGACAUUGAUUGUACCUUGUUACAAAGACUCCUUUCAUUUUUUGAUGUUUUCACCUAAUAAGAUGGAAUAUGGUGUAUUCUAUAAUAAUAUAAUUUAAGUGUUCACUAUAAGCUAUUUGGACUAAGAAGUAUUACAGAGUUGUAACCUUGUGAUCAAAUUGAUGCAAGACAUUUAACUAUUUUUGCAAAACUAUUUAUUUUUAAACAAUUUGAAAUAUAUCUAGAAGUCCUUGUGCAUCCAUGUUAGAUGGCAGGUAUUGUCACAGUCACUUGUGCUGAUGGUAAGUGUUGAGAUGGCUUCUUUGUGUCUGUCUGUCCUCGGUGAGCUGGCGGUACAGAGGCCUUGGGACCUCACCUACCAAUCUCUGUGGAUGUAGCCUGUCCCUGCAUUUUCUCAUAAUGCCAUGUGCUUAAAAUAUGCCCAUGUAGUGUCAAGAUUAUUUUGACCUUUAUCCAAAUGUUUUUUAAAUUGUAUUUUGUGGUUUUUUGGAGGGCAAGUCAAUACUGUUCUAAUUUGGAAAAACAAUUUUUAUGUACUUUGGUAUUAUUCAUAAUGCAAAAUACGUUAAAGUAAUAUGCCCUAUUAUAAUUCAACUUGAAAUUGUUACGUUCUUAUAGUAUAUAGAUAAAAAUCAAAGUAUUUGCCAAGAAAUUAAAUUUGCAAACAGAAAUAUGUAUUGCAGAAUUUGCUGCCUAUGUGUAGAGAGGUACCUCUUUUGACCUAGGCAGUUUGACAUAAUGUGGAAGAUUGGCUUUUCUGAUACUGAAAUGGUCUGGUAAAAGUGGAAAGGGGAGAAAGAGAGAAAUCUUUAUCCUAUAGCUUGGUCUAGAUUCUAUUUGUGGAUUCUGUUGAAAGGGAACUUAAGUGACAUGGACCCAACUUUAAGUGAUUCUCAAGCAUGUACUUUAAAAGAAAUCAGACCUCCUGGAAAACAGGAAGCUGUGUCCAUUUGUGACAGUAAAUGGAUCAGAGGUAAUUUUUUUUUUAAAUCAAAUAUUUCAUCAUAGAGUUUGGUGGAGACUGGAAGCUAUGUUGAGGCUUAUUAUGACAAUACAUUUUUAUAAAUGAAAAGAAAGCUGUGGAACGUACUUGAAAAAUGUCUCCUUUCUCUAAGGAAAACUGUUUUCUUUCUGCUUGGUGCAAUAUGAAAAUUUAAAAAGUCACACAUUAUAUCACAGGAAAUGACCUAGAACUAAAAAUAGUUUUAAGGAAACCAGCUACCCAGGGCAGCCCUCUUGCCAUUGAAGAAAAUCACGUGCCAAAAGGCAAAAUCAUUGGCAUAUAGGAAAUGAAACACAAAGUAUAUGUUAUAUUUUCUGAGCCAGUAUUAUUGAAACAGGAUAAAAGUUACUAAAAUCUUAAAUAGGUUUAUGCAAUGUCUCCUAGUGCCACAGGUCUAUCUUUCUAGCAAUGCUUUCAGGAAUGCCAAUUUUAAUCAUUGUACGUGUCACAUAGUAUAUGAGAGAUAUUGCUUUAUGAAUGAUUCAAAAUAAUAUAUUUUGAUUUAAAACGUAAUUGCUUUUCAUUGAAUGUGAAAUAUUAAUUUGAAAGUGAAAUCACACUACCAGCAAUAGAUAGUUUUGUUGAAUACUCUAAUAAGGAACAAUAGCCAGUUCCAUAAAUUUAAAAUUCUAAAGGUGUUGGUACGCUAGUAAUCACAGAUUUGGUUUCUUUUAAUACUUUUUUAAUCCUAUAAAAAAAGGUCUUUUAUAAACAUCCUUUUUAUUGAUCAAUCAUAACAUGGCAAAAUGUGUAUGUAGUCACUGUUCCUGAAAAGUUAUCCAAAUGCUACAUCCAGAGAUGAUGAGAAAUUCUUAUAGAAUUUUGUAAUAGUAUAUAUGUUGGGUUAAAGAAAUUUCAUAGUUGUUGGAGUGCCAUGAAAUUAAUACUUGCAAUCCAGAUUGCUGUAGUUUACACUUUUUCUGUAUGUUUCAAAUCAGGUGUGUACCAUUUGUACUGAGAACACCACAGAACGAACUAUCCAAAGUCCAUUGAUUUUAAUAUGUGUUUUGGUUUGUAAACAAAUUAUAGUAAUUUCUUGCACAUUUUUGGAAAUUAAUUGUAUAAGAGUUUAUUGUAUCUGCUCCUAGAUACAGUGUGUAAAUAAAAAUUUCCUUCACAAGA